GUAGCGUGGAACGGCCUCGCACCAGGCCACCGGGUGACCACCAUCAGAUGCUCGACGUGGGCUGAUCACGCGCUUGAAAAAAAAAAAACCGAUCCGCGAAGCCGGCGAUCAGCGACGAUCUGAGCAGAAGUUACCUCGAAGAAGAGCCUCUUUCUUGGAAACAUCGAAAAUUCGUCUACAGACCACACCUGAGAAUACCCAGGUACAGAAGAACUAGAGAAAACUUGACUCGAGGCUGUGAACGAGACUUGCUCCGACGCGACUUUGGCGAGAAAAUUGAUCUCCUUUGCGUGAAGAACCUCUUUAUAUUUCUUCGCGCCGCUGGAUGAGUCAUUUAAUUUCGUCGUGAUUAACAUCUACUCCGGAACAAGUCUGAUCAUCGAAAGAGAGAGACAGAAGAAAGAGAUAGCUGCUUAAUUACGUAAUUUUGCGUUGUUUGUAUCCUGAAAUAAAACCGUCACACCGUCGUCGUCGUCGUCGUCGUCGUCGUCGUCGUCGUCGUCGUCGGCGGGGCGAGAGCCUUAUCAUUCUUCUCAAAGAAGAAUGACUAUACAUUUGCGACAGCGAGUUUCGCGCAGCCCUCAGUAGGAAGAUGAUAGAGGGCCAGGUGCAUCAACAUCCGGUACGAGUGCCGCCCGACAAGUCACAGCAACCCCAGACUGCCAGCGUCAAAUUUGAAAAUGAGCAAUGUAAGGAGCCCCUGCUUCCGGAGAAGCAGAACUCCCACAGGAUGACACCGACCGACGGCCGCUCGCGAACCACUUCCGAAUCGAAGGACACCACCAUCAAUGGACAGGCGGCCGCGGCGAACUCCACCACUAACACCAACACCACAACCACCACCACCACCACCACAACCGCCAAGGAAGGUCUCGAGGUGACCAUCUUCGACGAGAGUGGCGACGGUGGCCGAUUGCCGGACGUCGUCGCCGAGAUUUACGGCGUGUCCGACGAGAACGAGCCGCUCGAGUCCUACUUGGCGAUCACCAUCCAGGUCUUCAUACCCUUUCUCAUCGCCGGUCUGGGUAUGGUGGGCGCGGGACUGGUUCUCGAUAUGGUCCAACACUGGGUAGUAUUUGAGAAAGUUAACGAGCUCAUGAUUCUGGUACCGGCGCUUCUUGGGCUGAAGGGCAAUUUGGAAAUGACUCUGGCGUCCCGUCUAUCAACUCAGGCGAAUCUCGGACACAUGGACAUGCCGAAGGAACAGUGGCACAUGAUUGUUGGAAAUCUCGUUUUGAUACAGUGUCAAGCAAUAGUGGUGGGCUUUCUUGGGUCUCUGGUGGCGAUCGUGAUGGGUGCUUUUCGCAACGGCACGGUAUCUCUGGAUCACGCUUAUUUGUUGUGCGCAAGCAGUCUGGUCACCGCGUCUCUCGCUUCCUUUGUUCUGGGUCUUAUUACCGCGGCCGUCAUCGUUUUCUCUCGUCAUUGCCACAUCAAUCCGGACAACGUGGCCACGCCGAUAGCCGCAAGUCUCGGCGACAUCACGUCGCUCGCGCUUCUCUCGUGGAUUGCCACUGUACUCUACGAAUGCAUAGAUAAGCAGGACUGGGUUGCGCCUCUCGUUAUAUCCUGUUACAUCCUCGUAACACCUCUCUGGGUCUGGAUCGCCAAGAAGAACAAGUACACCAACGAUGUGCUCUACUUCGGCUGGACACCGGUCAUGGUCGCUAUGCUGAUCAGCAGUUGCGGCGGUCUCAUAUUGGAAUUCAUGGUAUCGCGCUUCGAGAAUCUGACGGUGUUUCAACCGGUAAUCAACGGUGUCGGCGGAAACUUAGUGGCUGUCCAGGCCAGCAGGAUAUCGACAGCGCUUCAUAAACAAGCUGAGCUCGGCACGCUUCUAAUUCCGCCUGGUCACACGCAUCCCGUCAUCUUCAUCACUCCCAUUGCUAAUUUUUUCGGAAAAGGUAUGCACGCUAGAACAACGAGAGUUCUGAUGGCGAUGGUGAUACCGGGUCACAUCAUUUUUAUUUAUCUGAUCAAUUACAUGAAGGACGGCAACACGUCGAUGACGCCGCUAUUUGUCUUCGUUUAUCUAUGCGCGGCGAUGCUGCAAGUCGCGGCGUUGCUCUACAUCGCCUUCAUUAUGAUCCACUGGAUGUGGAAGCGAAAAAUCGAUCCCGACAACUCGGCGAUCCCGUACUUGACCGCUAUGGGCGAUUUGCUCGGGAUCAGUUUGCUCGCGAUUGCCUUCCAAUUUCUGUACCUGGUCGGGGAUCAAGAAUUCGACGCGCCCUGACUGUAUUAAGACUUGUUAUUCUGUGACGAUGAGCACAUGACAACCAAUGAUGAGUCACAAAUUAUGACGUUUCUUUGACGGGGAUGGGUGACGCACAAGUAGAAAAUGUCGGACCGAAAGGGCAUUCCUACGAGGCUGUGGUCGUCUGAAAGUAUAUUCCACCGAAAACAAACAAAAAAAAAAAAAAACCAUUUUUUCGAUUUGCUAGUCGAAGAAAUAAAUAGCAUGUUUUAUAUAGGGCAAUUGCGAAAUUAUCAUUUGGCUGAACAUUAAUAAUCUAUCAUUUUUAUUUUGCGUCAUGCAAUGUUAAUUAGAAUUUAAUUCAAAUCUCAAACCAAAAGAUUUCACAAACCAGCUGUUUUUAUUUUUUUUUAAGCUGUAGGACAAACAAGAUUGUUUUUUUUUUUUGUCUAUAUAAUACUUGAGAAGUACAACUUUUAGAAAUAUGCAAAAUAAAACUGAUACGACAUUAUUAAUGCCUUAUCAAUAGACUUGCGCAUGUUUUGUACACAAUGUGCAUAUUUUUAUAGGCGGUACAAGACAACUAAUGAUCCAAUGAUAAAAAUAUCGUUUCGUCACCAACGUUAUUUUUUUUUUACGUUUCGGAGGAAUUCAGUUCCUCGGCUCUCUUCUAUAAAAGUACGCACAAAAACAUCCGCAGCUCUAUAUCAAGUAAAGCGGGCGCACUCAGGUUUUUUUCUUUUUUUUUUUUUAAUUAUUAUAGAUAUAUUAAUACGCAGGAUAUUUCGCGCAUUGUUGUAGUUACAGUACCAACAAAACGGGGGCAUGAUUCUUCACGAAAAUGAUGUAAUGUGGAGUAAAAAUAAUAAUUGUUUAUUUUACAUUGUAGAAUUUUUCUUGAAGAAUCGCACUUUGUUCUCCGGUAUCGCAUAGCGCUGGACAUCCUGUUUAAAUCGCUGAUUAUCACAGAGUAUAAAAGAUUAUUUUCUUGAAAGAAGCUCUGUGUGUGCGUGUGUGUGUGUAUGUGUGCGCGUGUGUGUGUGCGUGUGCGUGUAUUUGUGCAUGAAAGAUAUUACUUAAUCAAUUUCGGUUACCAAGCAACGGAUAUGAUUAGAAAAUACUUGCGGAAAUAUACAAGGUGUCUGAUAAUAACCGUGUCAUUUAUCAGAUAGGGCGGGUUGUGCCGAAAAGUUAUUUACCACUUUGCAAUAAUUAGUAAAUUAUUCGUUUAAAUAAACACCUGCGAAAACGAGAUCUCCUUCGUGAAGAUACGAUCCGAGAGCGUUUCGCCUUGCGUCCAGCAACCGUGAGUGCGCGGCGAAACGCCGGGUUGCCUCUUCAUGGUGAAUUGUGCACGUUGCACAUUUGAUCUUUUAUAUAAAUUAAUAAUUCAUUACUGUGUGCAAAACACACAAAAAAUGAAGGACUCGGCACAAUCUCUCUCUACCUGUCCAUGAGACGACACGAUUUUUACAAAACACCUUGUACAUAUAUAUGCACACAUAUGUUUAAUUAAAAUGUUUUUUGCGCGUAAUGUACAAAGCCUAAGAUUUAGCUUAAAGAUUAGAAGGAGGGUUUUUAAGUCCGAGAAUGCGAUCAGUUUACUUCGAUGUAGCGUGAACGAAAGAUCGAGGCGAUUGCGAAGAAUUCUAUAUUUUUCAAGAGAUGAAUUAGAAAAGGAUCGACACGAUUUGAACACAAUUGGAUUUAUAACGUGCGAUAAGACAACACCGUAAAACCUUUCGUUUCGUCAUUCCGCGGGUCAUUCAGCAAGUAUAUUCUGGUUCUUCCACAAAAACAAAACAAAUACGCGUAAGUAACAGUAUGUGUAGUCGUAAUAUCAACGCGUACGUGUCUUCGAAUAGUUGCCUUCGUAUACGACGAAAUUUAUAGGGAUAAUAGGUAUUUAGAAGCUGCCAUACACGACCUAUUUUUGGAAGCUUUAGAAGCUCUCGGAUUAUUGCUCGAUCCUGAAAUGUGUAUGCGAAUAAAUAAAAAUAUGUGUGUGCGCGCGCGCGCGCGCGCGUCGAACUCUCUCUGAAGAGAUACUCGUGCGAGAUACGCAUGCAAAAUGAGAAAUUAGUCUUCCCGUUACAGACGACUAAUUCGACGAUUUUCUCUUUAAAUUAUUGUACGUGUGUAUAUAAAUUUUCAAAAAA